UAUUAUUCGAAUGAUGAGCUUGUCUAGGACGGCGAGGCUGCUGACUAGAAACGUCUCUCGGGUGAACGUCACAGCAAUUGGCUAUUGCAGUACACGCUGGAGCUCGACAGAACAGGCGCCGAAAUGGUCGACACCAUUGGCGAAACAGUUGGCUGAAGCCAUUACGACGACAGGUCCAAUCCCUGUAGCAUCGUAUAUGCGACAAUGCCUCACGUCCGAUCUGGGAGGUUACUACACCGCAGCCGCGAACGCCGAACGAGAUCAAUUCGGCGCAAAGGGCGACUUUGUGACAUCUCCCGAGAUCAGUCAAGUGUUCGGCGAGCUCAUUGGGGUAUGGGUGGUGGCAGAAUGGAUCGCCCAAGGAAGAAAGAGCGAGGGCGUAUAUCUGAUGGAGGUCGGUCCAGGCAGAGGGACGUUGAUGGACGAUAUGCUUCGCACAAUCCGCAAUUUUCCAGCUCUUGCCGAAUCUAUUGAAGCUGUGUAUAUGGUAGAGGCCAGUGAGACGCUCCGAAAGAGCCAGCACACUCUACUUUGUGGCGACAACCCGCUCAAUAAGACCGAAUUAGGCUACGAGAGCAUCAGCAGACAUUCCAAAGACCUCAAGAUCAUCUGGACAGAAGAUGUCAGAUUCGUUCCGCGGGAAGCGAAUAAGACACCAUUCAUCAUCGCCCACGAAUUCUUCGAUGCACUACCCAUACACGUCUUCCAGGCUGUAACUCUACCCAAGGACCAACAGGACACAAUACAGACACCCACAGGACCAAUACAAUCUCCCCGAAAACAGACACAACCGCAUCAAUGGCGAGAAUUGCUCGUGUCGCCCAAACCGCCUCACAGGCUGAAAGAAGGAGAGCCAGAUUUCGAACUCUCAAUGGCUCGAUCUGCAACAGCACACUCAAUGUACCUGCCAGAAACCUCGCCACGCUAUACUGCACUCAAGAGCACAGAUGGAGCGACGAUUGAGAUCAGCCCGGAGAGUCAAGCUUACGCUCGAGACUUUGCAAUUCGACUCGGAGGCUCUAAUCCAGCCGAAGCUGCUGCUAUUGCCGCCGCCACGCCGAAGUAUGCGAUCCCUGGCCGCGCUGUCAGCUCAGGUCCCCGAGAGACACCGCUUGAGAAGCCCGAGCCAUCUGGAGCAGCGUUGAUCAUCGACUACGGACCAGCAGCUACCAUUCCGAUGAACUCGCUCCGCGGCAUCCGCGCUCACAAGAUUGUGUCUCCCUUUGAAGCCGCAGGAGCAGUUGAUCUAAGCGCAGACGUGGACUUCCUGGCCCUUGCAGAGACGGCCAUUAAUUCUUCGCCGGGAGUGGAGGUGCAUGGACCGGUCGACCAAGCAAGAUUCUUGACGGCGAUGGGUAUCGAGGAGCGAGCUACACAGCUGGUCAAGCGUGCGAUUGACAUGGAGAGAUCAGGAUCAACGGGAAGUGACAAGAGCGAACUGACCGAGACUGUCAAACGUAUUGAGGGUGGAUGGAAGCGGCUUGUGGACAAAAGUCCGCAGGGCAUGGGAAAGUUGUACCAGGUGAUGGCGAUUGUACCAUACCGACCGCCGCAGCAAGGAGAGCCACAGCGUAGGCCCGUCGGGUUCGGUGGUGACAUCAAGCUUUGA